AUGGAUAAUCAAAUUCUUUUUGCAAUUAUCUAUAUUUGCGAAGAUAUUUUGGAUUCAUCUUCUGAUGAUGAUGAAUCAUUAGAUGAAUUAAUGACAGUGAUAGUGACUAAUCGAAAAAAAGUGAUAACCAAAAGACCGAAAGUGAGGUUAUUUAUAGAAAAUGUUGUGCAUAAAUACAAUGACGUGGAGUUUAGAAAACAUUUUCGAGUCGGUAAGUCUACGUUUCAAUAUUUGUUGAAUUUAAUCGGACCUGGAUUAGAACGUCAAGGAGAUGUUGGUAAAAAACCAGUAAGCUCAGAAAAACAAAUAUUAAUUUCGCUGUGGUUUAUGGGAACACCUGAAUCCUACCGGUAA